GCUUGUAUCCUCCGCACAACCCUCCUCCUGCCUCCUAUAUCCAAAAGCCAUGAAGCUGCGAAGGGAGAGUUCCAGGAUUGUAAAGCCAAAUUACGAAGGAGAUAUUCCCCCUUCAAACACUGCUCGCAUUCCUCUGAGCGUCUUCGACAAGGUCACCUAUAACACCCACAUAGCUGUAAUCUAUGCGUACCGACCACCAAUCCCUCCAAAUGCGACCAUAGAGCAAGGCCUCGGCAAGGCCCUAGCGGAGUACAGAGAGUGGGCUGGCAGAUUGGAAGCAGACGACAAGGGUGACCCUCUCAUUUUGCUCAACGACCAUGGCGUCAAUUUUGUGGAAGCAUCGGCGGACUGCACGCUCGACCAGACCAUGCCCUUCAAGCCAUCGCCAGCUUUGCUGAGCCUCCACCCCAGUCUCAAGGAGGCAAAAGCCUUGCUGCAGGUUCAACUCACAAGGUUCACUUGUGGGUCGUUGGUGGUAGGGUUUACAGCCCAUCACCUGGUCGCCGACGGCCAUUCCACCAGCAACUUCUUGGUUGCAUGGGGACAAGCUUGCCGGGGCAUCGAGAUGAGCCCUCGUCCCCUGCACAACCGCGCCAUAUUUGCUCCUCGAGACCCUCCUCUGAUCGAGUUCGAACACAGAGGUGUGGAGUACAUGAGCAGGAAUCUCAACAAAGUGUAUCCUCUCUUUCAAACCUCAGCCGAUGAUGAUGAUAUCGUCGUACACAAGGCUCACUUCACGUUGGAGUUUCUAGUCAAGCUCAAAGCCAAGGCUUCAUCGGGGAGCGGUCGCAACAGGCCUUACAGCACGUUCGAGAGCUUGGUUGCUCAUCUAUGGAGAGCCAUAACCAGGGCUCGCGGGCUCAAUGGUUUCGAGACGACGAAAGUUAGAAUCUCAGUGAACGGCCGGUCGAGGCUCAGCCCUCGCGUACCGAACGAGUACUUCGGGAAUCUGGUGCUGUGGGCAUUUCCAAGUGCUAAGGUGAAGGACCUGCUGCGUGAGCCAUUGUCCUUUGCGGCCAAGAUCAUCCAUGAAGCAGUUGCAGAGGUGAACGACAGUUACUUCAAAUCAUUCAUCGACUAUGCAAGCAGCAGGGUGAAGGAGGAGGGUCUCAUUCCAUCAGCAGACAUGGAUAAAUCGGUUCUGUGCCCCAAUUUGGAGGUGGAUAGCUGGCUGAGGUUCCCAUUCUACGACCUUGAUUUUGGUGGCGGGAGCCCUUAUAUUUUCAUGCCAUCUUAUUUCCCAACAGAAGGAAUGAUGUUUCUUCUCCCUUCCUUCAUUGGAGAUGGAAGCAUCGAUGCCUUCAUCCCUUUGUUUCAGGACAACGUAGCCUCCUUCAAACAGUUCUGUUACUCUCUGGACAUCUGAACUGUUUCCCCUUCUAAGUUCUAAUAACCCAUAUUGAUGUGAAAGUUAAAACUUCAUAAUAGUUUUUCUUUUCUUUUUUUUUUUCUUUCUUUUGUUGAAAAAACCUUCACAGUUCAAACCUCCUCUUCUUAGUAUA